AUGUCUCAUCAUCAACAUGGACACAACGCCGCCCACAACAGGGAACUGGCCAAGAGACAGAAACGUCCUGUCGUUUUUGUGACACUCCCUCCAGACUUCGAAGGCCCCAUCGGUGGGUUUUACACUCAACGCACUCCAGGCGUGGGGCCCCCCAUUCGAGCCACGAGGCACCCACAGGUUCGUCCCACCAGGCAUCCGCAGAAUGGCUCUCCCAGGUCUACGCCUAAAGGCACUUCGCCAACCUCUACACCAAUUGAGCGACCCAAGAUGACAAAGAAUGCUUCGCAACCCAGCAAGCCAUCCCAAACUACUAUGGCCACAUCACCGUCGGACAAUGCGGAUCCCAUCAGUUCGCCCACUGGGUUUGAGCUGCGCCAAACAGGAACCGACGCUCCAACUGCGAUCCCCUCCUCCAGUGGUUCCGGCGGCAUGUCCGGUGGCGCAAAGGCAGGAUUGGCAAUUGGAAUCAUCCUGCUCGUGGGUUUGAUUGCAGGCGCUGCGUUGUUUUUCAUCCGGAAAAAGAAGCAACAGGAUAAAGCAGAAUUGACCCGCUUUGAUAAUGAAAAGCCAUUUGGCGCUGCAGCCAGUUCAGGUUCUGGUCCCGGUCCUACGAAUGGCAGCUAUGAUCCUCCCUCGAUGACGCGAACCUUGACAUCUCCAACGGCUCCCCAGCUCAACAUUCGACCGAUUACCCAGUUUUCUCCCGACUUUGGCGCAGGCCCCACCACGACAGGAAAUGCAUUUGGUGGGGGUCUUGCCCCUAGCUCAGCUGCCGCUGGUGUUGUUGCAGCUGGUGCUGCACGCAACCUUACUGGAGAGAAGCCAGCACCGCCACCAAAAAUGUCCAAUAAUGAUCCCAAUCCCUUCAACGACCCGGUGAAUCCAUUCGAUAGCCCGCCGCCCACAUCAUUGCCUCCAACGCCUGCAACGCCCGCCCCUAUGGGGCCAAAUGACCAUAUCCCAUCGCCUGCCAUUUCAGAUAUCGAUAACCCUACGCCAGAAACCAUGGGUACCGGUGUGGCUGCGGUAGGCACUGCCGUUGCCGCUGGAGCUGUUGGCGCCGUUGCUGUUCGCCGUAGCUUGAACGAUGGCAAGCCCCAAGCACUACCACUCGGCGGCCCAGGUCCUGCAAGCGAUGCACCCCCACCAGACAGUCCCGCCAUAAGCAUGGACUCUGUCACAGCUGCUGCAGUUGCUGGUGCAGGUGCAGGUGCAGGUGCGGCCGGACCCCCCAACGUUCAUCGCGUCCAGCUGGACUUCGCCCCUUCAAUGGAGGAUGAACUCGAACUUAGAGCUGGACAACUUGUACGUCUUGUUCAUGAAUAUGACGAUGGCUGGGCUCUCUGCGUCCGUCUCGACCGUUCUAGUCAAGGCGUGGUCCCACGAACCUGCCUUUCGUCCCGCCCAGUCCGCCCUCGUCCCCGUAACCAAUCUAGUGGUCAUGGUAGUCCCGGCCCCCGCGGCCCACCACCAAUGGGCCACCAUCAUGGCUCUUACCCGUCGGACGGUGGCCGCUCCAUGUCCAUGAGUAGCCAAAUAUCCUACCACGGGCCCAACCCCAACCAAAGCGGGCCCUCGACCCCCCGCUUCCAACCGCCUGCAAACGGCCGUCCGGCAUCCCCAGCAACUCCCGCCCAAUCCAGCUACCGCACAUUCCCGCCCCAGUCACCACAUCCGCACCCGCACCAUCCUAACCAUCCGCACCACCAGAGCGGCCGUUCAAUGUCCCCCGCCAGGUUCCCGCAGGUGCCACGCUCCCUCUCACCCGGUCCCGGACGCAUCCCUCAGCCGCGCUCCAUGAGCCCCGGCCCCUACGGUCCUGGAGGCAUGAAUAGGCCACACAUGUCUGCGUCCGCGCAUAGGCGGAGGAGCCAUAGCACCAGCGCUGCUAUGAGGCCUGGCAAUAAUGCCGCACCACUAGCGCUACAAGGUCAGGGUCAGCAACGGCAACAGCAACAGCAAUUUGCACUGCCAUCUGCCACAGCUGGGUUCGGAGGGUAUUCACAACAGUCACCAGGUGUUCCCGCUCAACCGAUGCUGCCGCAACAACAGCAACAACCACAACCACAACCACCAGUGCAGCAACCGCAAGUGCAAGUGCAGACUCGGGCACCAAUGCAAAAACAUCAAGCGUCAGCACCGGCGCCAACACCAGCACCCGCAGUAGCAGCGGCGCCCGCAACACCAAAGCCAUCGCGCAGCCCCCCGAUGCCGACAGGGCCUAUUGAGCGAAAACCUCUUCCGAAUCAAGCGAAGCCGGAAAAUGAAUAA